AUGGCGCGUGAGGAGCCCUUCCGGGAGGAACUAGCCUAUGACCACAUGCCCACGCUCGAGCGGGGGCGAUCAGACCCGGGGAGUUACAGCCCAGACACGAAGCCCAGCAACCUCCCACUGUCGAGAAGGCUGCCCCGAUGCUUCAGCUACAAGACCCGUGUCUUCUCCGUGCUGAUGGGGAGCUGCCUUCUUGUGACCUUGGGGUUCUCGCUAUACCUGGGGAACGUGUUCCCUUCGGAAAUGGACUACCUGCGCUGUGCGGCCGGCUCGUGUGUCCCCUCAGCCAUCGUCAGCUUUGUGACUUCCAGGAGAGACACCAACGUGAUCCCAAACUUCCAGAUUCUCUUUGUUUCCACGUUCGCUGUCACGACGACGUGUUUGAUCUGGUUUGGAUGCAAACUGGUCCUGAACCCAUCGGCAGUAAACAUAAACUUCAACCUCGUCCUGCUGCUCCUGCUGGAGCUGCUCAUGGCAGCUACUGUGAUCGUCUCUGCCCGGUCCAGCGAGGAGCAUCGCAGAAAGAAGGGUGCUGCCCCUCCAAGCAGCAACACUGCCGAGGAGGGAACAUUCCCAGCGCGGAUCCUGAAAUCCUACUCGGUGGUAGAGGUGAUGGCCGGUGUGUCUGCUGUCCUGGGGGGCGUCGUAGCCCUGAACUUGGAUGACGCAGUCUCAAGCCCACACCUCUCCGGGACAUUCUUCUGGGUCCUGGUGGCUUGCUUUCCAAGUGCCAUUGCAAGUCACGUGACCGCAGAGUGUCCCAGCAAGUGCCUGGUGGAGGUGCUGAUCACCAUCAGCAGCCUCACGGCCCCACUGCUCUUCACGGCCUCCGGCUAUCUGUCCUCCAGCGUGACGCGGACAGUGGAGAUCUUCAGAGAAUACCCACCAGCCAUCAAAGCCUAUGACCUGCUCCUGCUCCUGCUGCUGGUGGUGCUGCUGCUGCAAGGUGGCCUGAACACAGGCACUGCCAUCCAGUGUGUGGACUUCAAGGUCAGCGCCAGGUUGCAAAGAGCUUCCUGGGACAGCCAGCCCAGCCCCAGGGAGCGCCCAAUGGGGGAGGUGGCCAGAAGCCCCCUGAAGGAGUUUGACAAGGAGAAAGCCUGGAGGGCUGUCGUGGUGCAGAUGGCCCAGUGA